AUGAGCCAAGAUAAUCUUUACGAAAAAUCCCAGUCUCAUUAUGAGCGCAAGGUUGCUCGCCAGCGUCAGUUAGAGAUGAUGGAAGCCGCAGCUUCGGGUACGGCAGCGGAAAUGGAGCUCGACACGAGCAGUUUUGCCGAAGCCGACGGCUCCUUCAUGCGCCAACGCAACCAAGAGACGGCUCGUCGGUUUCUGCACGACGAAGACGACUCGCAAGAACAAACAACCCCGAUGCGAGGAAAUUCUACCACCGGUCACCACACAUUAUUUGGGCAACGACAAUCUUCCGGUCCGUCACUCAAUUUAAUGGACCAUUCCGCUGGCGUUUAUACCGAGCAGGUGUCGGGACUGUUCAGUGAUGCGGUUCAUUCCGUCGGAAAGUUCAUUUUCAAGGUGUCGGGUUCUGAGAUAAGAGGAAAUGAGCACGAUGCGAUAGCAGCCACGGAUGGAGAUGUGUUUCUGGGUGAUGAUUACAAGCGUCGGUCGUCUAUGCGUGCGACUCAAUGCAGCACGAUCUUAGCGUCGCGUGUCAUGUUUUUCAAAUCUCUUCUGCGCGACAAGAAACGAUUGGGACUGUUGGCCAUGGUCUUUUUAAGUCUUUUUGCGAUUGUCUACGCCACCAAUAUGGCACUGCAACGCAGACCAACGGAAAAGAUACUUCGGGAAAAUAAUUCUUUCCGCUUCAACGCUGUUUUGGAUCACAUUGUAACGGAAAGUGUGAGCCACACCGAAGUGUUCCUAAACUACGACAGUGCCGAGUACCACGCACUCCGCUGGGUGGCGUAUUCGGAUCCGGCCCGUCUCGACCCCAUGGAUCCCCUCAUUCUCCAACGGUACGCUCUGGCGGUCUUUUACUACGGUUCUUACCUGGCCUUCUCGGAGCAAUACGGAGAGCAAAAGCCUAUUCAAUUCGAAGGACAACAGUUUGAGGGUGUCCCUAAUCCCGGCUGGACGCGCAAGGAUUACUGGAUGACGGGCAAGGGAGUUUGCAAAUGGUACGGCGUGCUCUGUGAAGGCGAAAUGGUCAACGGAGUGGAAAUAGCGGACUUUGACAAGAAUGCGCCGAUUAUUGCACUCAACUUGACCGCGAACCAGCUGCACGGUACACUACCAAUGGAAUUCAAAGCUCUCGAUUCGUUGCUGGUUCUGGACUUUUCCCGCAACAGUAUCGGAGGAACCAUUCCUCUGCAACUCGGGCGUAGCAUGAUCGAACUCCAGUACUUGUUCUUGAACCGUAACGAAAUUACGGGGACGCUGCCUAGCGAAAUGGGUUUCAUGGAGAGUGUUCGCUCGAUCCGUCUGGGCAACAACCGCUUACAGGGAUCCAUCCCGUCUACUUUUAAUCGUAUGUACCAGUUACGAGAUCUAGGCUUGGACAAUAACUACAUUACUGCCGACAUUCCCGAUCUAGAAGGCUGUCAGCACUUGAUUGGCCUGUACCUCAACAACAAUCGCUUAAACGGCCGACUGGACACCUCAAUUGGCAAGCUGACGAACUUGUUCGAACUACGGGUAGACCAAAACUAUCUACAGGGCACGAUUCCUCCAGAAGUAUCGAAUAUGCGUCGAUUGGAACACUUCAGAGCCAACAACAAUCUCUUGACGGGUACUAUUCCGAACGAGAUAUUCCUCAAAACCUUACGCAUGAAGGAAGUCGAUUUGCAGCGUAACAAUUUUGAAGGGCCGUUGCCAGUCUCCCUCGGUGGUUUGUCACAUUUGCGCCUACUCAAGCUCAACAACAAUGCUUUUCAAGGUGGUAUUCCCCAAGCUUGGAAUCGCAUGCACGGUUUGCAAAUUCUGCAUCUCAUGAGGAACAAGCUGACGGGCACAAUCCCUACGGGCAUCGCAGGUUUGCGGGAGCUCCGGGAUCUGUCUGUGGCCAACAACCGCUUGGCCGGUACGAUUCCCCGCGAAAUUGCCGCGUGCGAAGUUCUUACGGAAGCCUAUUUCGACUACAAUCAGUUCACGGGGACGAUUCCGGCCGAAUUUGGCUUUUUGAAACACUUGGAGACGUUACGGGUAUCCGGCAACUUGUUUCAUGGUGACGUACCGGUCCAAGUGUGUGCGCUCACCCGCGAACACGUGUUGACCAAUUUCAUGGCGGAUUGCAAAAGCAAGGUGACCUGCGAGUGCUGUCACCGGUGUGCGUAA